AUUCUACCAUAAGAAUUUCAUGAGUAAUGGUUGUUAUGGCUGCCAGUGCAUCAUCUGCUAUGAACUCUUCCCAACGGAUUGGGGUAGACGUGCAUGCGAUGAUUAAGAAAAACUACGUUUCUUCUUGGGGUUUGCAAAUUAAGGCUCCUACCAAAGUAUAUGUUACCAAAGUUGGUGCUAUAAAUUGGAGCAUGAUGUUUCCUACAGUUAAAACUAUUCCCAUGAAACCAAUGAUGAUGCUCGGCAAGGAGAAAAAGUAUCCAAAGUUGGUUCCGGAUCUUGGUUUAGGGAGUGUGGUUAAUGAUGACCGCAUAUUUGGGCAAAAUUUUUGUAUUAGAUCAUAUGAAGUUGGGCCAGAUGGAACAGCUUCAGUAGAAACACUAAUGAAUCUUUUCCAGGAAACAAACGCUAAUCAUUUGAAGACAUUUGGAUUCCUCGCUGAUGAUUUUGGUUCUGUGGAUAUGUCCGAGAAGAAUCUAACCUGGGUGACGAUAAAGAUGCAAAUGAUAUUGGACCGUUAUCCAACUUGGGGUGAUAUUAUUCAAAUUAAUACUUGGAAAAGUGCAUACCGAAACAACGGUGUUUCUUCCAAUUUUACAUUUUAUGAUUGCAAAACUGAAGAGAUAUUGGGAAGAGCUUCAAGCAUUUCGGUGAUGAUGAACAAAAAGACAAGAAAGUUAUCUAAAUUUCCAAAUGAAAUUCGGGCUAAACAAGAGAAAUACUACGUGGAUACACCGGCUAUUGUGGAACAAGACAUUACAACGUGGUCAAAAGGAAACAAGAUUAUUAAGGACCACAUUUGCAAAGGUUUAAUGCCACGAUGGAGCGACUUGGAUAUUAACCAACAUGUGAACCAUGCGAAAUACAUCAGGUGGAUCCUUGAGAGUGUUCCAAGGACAAUUUCAGAGAAUUACGAGAUUGAGAGAAUGACUCUAGAAUACUAUCGAGAAUGUACUGCGGAUACUGUUCUGCAAUCUGUCACUUCAAUAUUGGGCAAUCACAAAGGAAAAAUAGUUAUGGAUGACAUUCAUUGCCAGCAUUUGCUUGAAUUCGAGAUUGGUGGGGAGAUCAUGAAAGGAAUGACUGGAUGGCGACCAAAAUGCAAGAAUGGCAAUGCUCAAAGGGACAAUGGUGGAUUCCACAUCACAGUGGUAGUGUUGGUAGUCGAUGGUCUCGAUAUCUCAGCUACUCAUCUUAGCCACGAUAGAGGUAGAGAUAUCGAUCUGGACAUCUAUCGAAACCAACACCGAUGGAGAUCGAUGAUAUCUAUUGAAACCCUAGCCGGUGCCGAUGGUGGCCUACAUGUGACGAAACCUUACGGAUAUCGUUUGCAGCGCACUGUUGAUAACAUAUAUCGGUGGAAGAACCAAAGAAGAAGGAGAAAAAGGAGGAGUAUUCUGAUUGGAGAAGAAGGAAAAUAG